AUGCAAUUUUACAAAUUUUUUCAUGAAAACCCACUUUCUGUAGAUAUUUAGGCUUUAGGCUUUUAAUGUGCUAUAGGUUUUAAAGAAGGGUUGAAGUUCUUUUUUAUUUUAGAAGAUGAAUUAAAAUUAGCUUAUAGUGAAUAUAAUAUAAAGGGUUGUUAUUCCACAAAAUAUAGUGAAGGUGGUAAUUUACUUGCUGCUAGUAAUUAUAAUAUAAUAUGUAUUUAUAAUCAUAAUACAUUCGAAUAAUUAAUAUAAUUAAAUGGUCAUUCUGGAUAUAUAAAAAAACUUAAAUGGACCUAAGAAGAUACAUAAAUAUAAUCUAAUUGUUCAUAAGGAAUAUUUAAUUGCUGGAAUGUAAAUAAUUAACAAAGAAUAAUGGAACAUGCUUAUAAAUAAAUAAAAUAUACAGCCUGUGUAUACGAUAAAUUUCUAGACUGGGCAGCCUGUUGUUCUUAAGACUGUAAAGUAAAAAUAUUCGAUGACAAAGGUUAAAAUCUAAUCUAAGAGUAUGACUUUUCCCCAUAUUAUGUGACUUCUGCAUUAUUAAUAAACGAUUACCAAUGUAUAGUUUUUGGGAUGAAUACUGGUAGUUUAAGGAUUUAUUUAUGGCCUUUAGACAUAUAAACUAAACACUUAGAAUACUUUGAAAUUCCUCUUCAUUAAACUAAUGUAAUUUCAUUAUAAAGUACACCCGAUCUCGGGUUUUUAGUAUCUGCAGGAGAUGAUGGAAGCUUUUAUGUGACUAAAAUAAGGGAAUUUUAGAACGGGAAGGAAAUAGAAGUACUAUAGGCUUUCGAAGAUACUAAAUUUUCAGUCGGGAGUGUUUAUUGUUUGAAUAGUUUAUGUUUAACUAGUAAUAUUAUUGAGGAAAAUAAGAAAGACAUAAUAAAAGAGCUAGAGUUUCGUAUAUAGAACCUAAAGACAGACCAAGAAGAUGAAAAAGAGAGAUAAAUUUCAGUAAUUAAUUCUCUAUUAAAAAAACAAGAAAAUAAAAACAAUGAAAUAGUCGCUUAAUAAAAAGAAUAACUAAGUAAAAUUAUGGAAGACUGUGAUAAUAAAAUAAAGGAACUUUAACAUAAUAUUUCUAAAAUCAGAAACGAAUAUAAAGUCGAGUUUAAGAAUUUAGAAGAAAAUAAUAUGGCUACAUUACUUAAAUGUUAUUAAUAAAAAGAUCUAUUAUAAUAGGAAUAUAAUGAUUUUAUUGAAUAUGCAUAAAAUAUAGUACAAUAGGAAAAAAAAUAGUAUUAAUUAAUAUAAAAUUAAUAAGAAAAAGACUACGAAAAUUAAUUUUAGUAACUUUUUGGAAGGUUCAAUUCUUCCGAAAAUAAAUUGGAUGAAAAUCUUUUAAAAUAUAAAGAAGUUUUUAAUUAAUAAAAAGAGGUAUAUUUAUUAAUUUUAUAUAUAAAUUAUAUAUAUAUAUAUAUUAAUAAGGAACAUUUAUUAUUUGUUGAAUAAAUCAAAAUUUAAUUAUAAAAAGAAAAAAAAGAAGAAAUUAAAAGAUAGGAAGAAUUAAGAACUUCAAAUUCAAAAAAAUAAAAUGAUAUUGAUAGAUUUAAUUAAAGGAGAUUAGAAUUAGAAUCGAUUUAAAAGGAAGCUUCUAAUUAAAUUGACCAUUUAGAAGAAGAAAAAAAAAAAUUUAUUGAAAAAAACUUAAUUAUGCAAAAAUUAUUAUAAGAUAAAGAAGAUAAAAUUAACUAAAAAGAAAUAGAAAUAAAGCAAUAUAGAAAUAAAAACCAUCAUUUAUAAAAUUUCAAAACAGUUUACGAUUAUUAAGUUUAAAGUUUAAAAGAAGAGAGACUUCCAUUAGUAGUCAAUACAAAAAAUAUGGAAAAUAAUGUUAGAGGAUUAUAUAAAGAAUUAUCUGACGAAUCUGAAACAGCGAAAAAAUUUAAUUAAAAAUUAGAAGAAGCCUUAAUUUAAAGAAUAGCUUUAAAAUAAUAAUUUAAAUAAAAAAAUGAUAUUUUAUAAAUUACUCAAAAUAAAAUUUAAAACUUUGAAUAUGAUAUUUUAUAAUUAAUUUAAAAUGUAAAAUACGAAAAUUGGUUUCGUAAAAUGAACUAAAUAUAUAAUAAAUAUUUUGUAUAAAAUAGUAAACUAAAUAAUUUAAUUAAAAAAAAUGAUUUGUCCAAUAAUUCUUAAGAAAAGUUUGAUGAAAAACUCUUAAAAGCAUUAAAUAUGGGUAAUAACGACUAAAUAUAGGAUGAAUUAAUUAGACAAAGAGAUUUUAUGAGCAAAAAAAUAUAGACAAUAAGCAACUUAAAUAAAUAAACUGAAAAUGAUAGAGAUGAUGUAGUUAUUAGAGUUUAAAAUGAAAAUACUCAUUUAAUAAAAGAAUGUAAUAAAUUAAGAGAGGAAAGAAAACAAAACUUCGAAUAAUUAGGAUGUUUAUAAAAAGCUUUAGAUAUAGUCACAAAAGAAUUAAUGAGAAUUAGCUUAGGAAUAGAAGAAAAUGUAGACUAGGAAUUUAUAGAUUAAUAAUUAUUCGAUUUUGAUACUUCGAAAAUUAUACUUAAAUUAGAAUAAGAAAAAUCAAUAAUAUAAUAAAAAUAAUAAACAUAAUAAGAUUAAUAAUAAUAAUAAUAAUAGAAUUAUUAAUAAUAAUAAUAAUAUUAAAAAUAAACAAGUAAUAAUAAUUAAUAGAAAAAAUUUAGUAGAACACCUUUCUAAAUAUAUGAAGAUGAAAAAUAAUAUAAAAAACAAAAAUAUAACAACUCUUAAAGUUAUUAUUAUUCUUAAUCUCCUGUUAAAUCUAAUAUAAGUUUUAAUAAUAAUUUAUUAACUUCUUUAAUUAAAGAAAUGGAAAAGUUCUCAAAUGAUAAAAAUAUUAAUUUAAAUCAAAGACUUAAAGAAAAAGUAUAAAAUUAUCUUUAUAAUGAAGAUCCUUCUUUAACUAUUCCAAAUAUUUCUACUAUUGAUAAAACUUAUGCUGGUCAUUCUAUUGAAGAUACAAAACUAGGGCCUUAUCAUAGUAUAAAUAACGAAACACUUAAUUUGACUAAAUCAUAACCUGACAUUCUUAGUUUACUUAAAGUUAAAAAUAAUGAUUCUAUUGUUUCUAUUAAAAAUAAAUUGGUUUAAAAAAAUAAAAGUACAGGAUUAUUUCCUAAAUUAAAGAAAAUUUGA